AUUCAGGGAGCACGCGCUUCUCUACUCCCCAUAGUGAGAGGAAGACGCCACGACAUGUUUCCUGCGUUCUCUUCACCGGUGAGAACACGACAACUGCGUGUAGAAAAGGACGAACUCGUGUGCACACGCAGCGUCUUUAUCUUACUCGUCGAAGCGAAAGUGUCCAGCCCGUCGAACCCACGCGCGACUCGUGUUUCUCUCUCGCUCCUCGCCUGUUCUGGGCCUUCAUCGAGACACCUUACACUUCCACGUCCACGGUCCACGGCGACGAAAUAUUAUCCCGAACUGGACGACCACCCUGAGCUAUCAACCGAAUACGCUUCCUCGUUCUAUACAAACACAAACGAGCUGGGCGUUCCAUGAUUUUCCUGACAUCGUCACUGAGAAGUUAAACGACAACCGUUCGUAUCACAUCGAAUCGCAGCUCGAUGGAAUUUCGGGCUGAUCUCGAAGUGGAACCACGGCGCUCUUAACGAGGCAAAACAUGAGUGCGGCAACCGUGAACGAGGCCCGACCGCAACAGAAUUCCUUUCAUUCCGACUGGGAGGGUUGCAGACAUCGUGGAAGCGAUGCUGUUUGAGAGUCGCCGAAGAUGAUCGCGAGACACCGAAGAAGGCGGAGUGCCUGUGAAAUACGAGGUCGACGAACAGGCGAGGCGUUUCAACGACCAGCAAGGCAACGUAAAGGACCUCCGUAAGCGUCCCCAGUUUCCAGUGACCCAGGAAAAAGAAUGCGAUCCACGCAUAUUCAGUGGAGCUACGCUACCGUAUUGUCUCUCUGUAGCCAGAGAAACAGUGUUUCGGGUAGCUGGUGGAAGGAGUGGCUGCCGGAAAGAAGAGCCAAUAACGAAAAUGGUCGGUCGAUGCUAUGGUAGCGGCUACGUACUCCAUAUAAGUGUCCGUCCCGGGGGAACCCGGCCGCGGUACAUCAGAUAAGAAAACCUGGUCCGGAAUAGAACCCUAUUAUGCUCGCUAUAAGUGGCCGUGGACCGGAGCCGGAGGAGAAACGGUCCUGCGAGAUAAGAAAAAUGUUUGGACGUCCCGUCCCGUGGCCCCUCGUAACCGCAGAAGUUGUAAUUAUACAGUGAUAUUACUACCGAAAAGAAUGAGGGACGACUACGAAGAGAAGGAACGCUGUACGUGGAAGUCGUUCCACGACCGCCGGUAUUUACCCGAAAUCUGGAUGAAGAUACGUCGACGCCAGAUAACACGACGAGUAUUUAUCGUUGGUCCCGGGAGCCGGUCGAGGGAUGGAACGAAAUAAGUGCCCGAUGGACGAUCGAAUUAAGUCAUAAUUGGAUGAAAAGCCCUUUUGCGAGCGGCCACCACUCGUGCCGUCCUCCUCAUCUUCUCUACCCUCUGUGGUUCAUCGGAUUCCGGCCACGACUCUGCUCCGUCCCCGACGACGAUGACCACCGAGGGCAACGUGGGGGAAGUAAAAUGCACGGAGAGGGGAAAGGAUCGGUCCUCCUUAAGUUCAGGUCUUUCCGAUCGGCUGACCACUCGCUGCCACUAGCCGCACCGGUCCUGCAUAUAUCGAAGACGCUGCAACUGGAGAAGAUGAAGCAAAGAAUUUUGCAAGAGGUGGAACAGACUGAACAGGAAGAGAAAUGUUUACUGGAAUAUAAACAAGAAAUGGACUUGCUUAUGCAAGAGAAAAUGGCACACGUCGAAGAAUUACGACAAAUACACGCGGACAUAAAUGCGAUGGAAGCUGUUAUAAAACAAGCGGAAGAAGCGAGAAACAAAGCAAGAGAAACUGCUAAAUUAAUACACAACAAUGAUUAUCAACCCCUGAAACACGAUGUCGAUCGUAUGCGUAGAGAGUUUUUGGGGCUGGAGAGGUUGCCCGAAUUAUAUGAAACGGAAUCGGAUCUUAUUGCGCCAGAGAAGAGAUUGUCUUUCAGUUACUUCGACCGUCCAAUGCAGAAGGCAGAGUGGAGAGUGGAAGUAAGGGGAGAGGAUUUAUUACCUCCUCUUACAUUGCACCAUCCUGGUCACCCAGGUGGUUCCACGCCUUUCCUCGCACCUCAGCCUCUUCAAGGUCCAAGUAAGCCGGAACCGAGGCCAUUGCCACCAGCCCCGGGUCCCCCAGCUCCAACAUUCAGGUACCACUGGCAACAACCACCCCCUAUGAAAUCGUGUCUCUCGUGUCAUCAACAAAUUCAUAGAAAUGCGCCGAUCUGUCCUCUUUGUAAAGCUAAAUCACGAUCGCGUAAUCCUAAGAAGCCAAAGAAAAAAGACUAAUUGUAAUUAGACAAAUUGUUUAUACAGAGUAUCAAACAUUUCUAAUUUAAUUUUAAGAGUAUACAUGUUAGUAAUAUGAAUUGUUUUUAUUAUGUAACUUAAAAGAUUUCCAUCGAUUACCAUGAGAAAACGCAUUCAUAUAAAAUGUAUGAAUUUAUAGUAAUAUUUUUAAAUGUCUACAAAAAUUUACUUUUGAUUUUUGUACAUGUAUCGCCAGUGUGUAAAACGUUGAAUUGUCAAUAAUUAAUGAUUAAAUCAUUUUUACUUCUAACGAGAUGAAUAAAUAUGUUUUAUCAUUUUA